AUGAUUUUUUCAAAAGGUCUUAUCACUAUAGAAAUAUUUGUCCAUUUUCAUAAAAUGUUGAAUUUUUAAAUAUAUAAUUCUACUAUGAAUAUCUAACUGCCAUAAUGGAAUAUUAACAUUGAAUAGAGGUUUUAUAGGCUAUGUUAUAAUAAUUUGAUAAAUAAGAUCACAAAUAUUGAAGAACUUGGUUGA